UGACAUCCUCCCGAUGAUGCCACAUAACGCAGCCUCACGUGAUGAGGUAAUGACAUCAAUGUUACGUGAUAAUGUCACACACGCACGUGAUGAUGUCGGUGGAAACCGCGAGACUCCAGGUUGGGCGGACAGGGAGUUGAUGGUGGUCCGGUGGUGGGUAAAUUAA